AUGAGUCAUCGCACGGAAGCCUAUGGUCGCACACACUUAGCAGACUCGUCACCUUCUUUAUCCCGUGUUCUCUUUGUUCAUACUGGGGCCCGCUCUGCUCGUCCAGAUAACCAGGGGAUUCUGUUCGACCUCCUCGGGGAUCUUUCCACUCGGUUUCACAGACGCAGAACAGGGUCUCAAUCAGAUCUAGUGCAGGAUACAUGCGAACUUGCAGCCACUCUGGAAGAGUCCGGUCUCGUUGGUGCGGGACAAGGGGAUGAAAAUCAUGUAUGCCUCGGCCUAUGUGAUAUUCAUGCUGGCACCACGCAGUAUGCAGCUCUGCUGGUCACUUCUGUUCGUGCCCCGUCUAGAGCCAUUCCUCUUCUGAUGAAGGAUCAAGAUGUCUCUCCCGUGUUAGUUGGGUUGGAGGCCGACAAGUAUUGUCAAGCAUUGGGAUUCACUGCUGAGCACGUUCCAACAACCGAUCUCGCUAGGACAGUUUCAAGCAGUUUAACGGAUACUAUUGGUCUAAUUGCAUUUGAUCCGGCAGCUGGACUGCUUCUUGGAUUAACCUCAUCGGCUAGGCCAGGUACUGCUAACAGAGGACGGGUACCCCCCAGCUGCCUUCCCUGUGUGGGCCUGAAGAUCCAAUCAGACAGCUGCCACUUGUGCGGCCUCUGUACGGGCUUUACAGAUAGUUUGCUUCUGGGCUAUGCCUCAGUUGAGGACAUGCUACGCCGAAUCCCUUUCUCUAGCGGUCUUCAAAGUAACAUUCCGCCGAGUCCUUUGCCAGCCAUUAAUCCGCAUGUUGAUUUCUUUGGCUUAGCUGUUGGACCCUUAUCUGGGACACGCUUUUCGUCACAACUUUUUACCUCAUGUGCACUUGGAGGUGAAGCAUUCAUUUACUCGUGGGGCUCUGCUGCUGAUGCGACAAUACUAUCUAUGGUGCCAUAG